CUCUACGUGUCUCCCUGGAUAAUCUGCAGCGCGGGGAAACUGACUGCAAUAGUAAAGGUGUGGUUUCAGAAUCGUCGCACUAAGCAGAAGAAGGAUCAGGGCAAGGAUUCAGAGCUGCGCUCCGUGGUCUCCGAGACAGCCGCCACCUGCAGCGUCCUGCGUCUCCUGGAGCAGGGCCGGCUCCUCACUCCCCCAGGCCUGCCAGGGUUGCUGCCCCACUGCGGGAGCUCGUCGCUAGGCUCAGCCCUGCGUGGGCCGUCCCUGGGUAUCACCGCUAAUGGAGGCUCCUCGAGCAGCAGUAGCAGCAGUGCCGCCAGCUCAGGCACAGCCGGGGGGAGCCCGCCGCUGCCAGCGGUGACUAGUUCAGGGACAGUCACAGGGCUGCAGGGAUCUCCGCCUGCCCAUGGGCUGUUUAGCUUCCCUAUGCCCUCUCUGCUCGGGUCGGUCGCCUCACGCAUCUCCUCCACCCCGCUUGGCAUGGCUGGAUCCCUCGCGGGGAACUUGCAGGAACUUUCUGCCCGCUUCCUGAGCUCGUCCGCAUUUGAGCCCUACUCGCGGACAAAUGGCAAAGAAGCAUUAGACAAGAAAGUUUUGGAAUGAUCAAUAGGGGUUUCUUUUUGUCCUUUUAUUAUUUUUUAUUGUUGUUGUUGUUUUGAAAUUAAUUUGAGCUCUGAAUAUCACUCUUUUUUAAUCACUUUCGCCCCCUUUUGUCUCAUGAGUGCUGUUGUGUUUUCAGUCUUGCGUUUUUUCAUGUCGUCAACCUGCACACUUGAUGCCUCUCAGAAUUGUAAAGAGGUGGACUCAUACUUUUCAAAAUCGAGGAUUUUCAGAGCAUUUUGCACUAAAUCAAAGUUUCUCCAAUUUGACACAAAUGAGAGCUUGAGGAAGGAAUGUAGCAAGAGAUUAUGGAGGGGAAGAGAGAUGAAAAUGGUUGCUGAGGCAAUAUUUUCGGGAAACUUUUUUCCCAUAUACGUUUUGGAGCUGGACAGUUAUAUUCAGAUUAAAAACUAAUCUGAAAGCUGAUGGGUUGAAAAAAAAAACAGUACAGAACAUAGACCCCCCGAUAAAAACUGAACUCACGGCAACAUCCUUCAUGUUUUCAGUUGGAAGAGCGAUCUAAAUGUGUGAUUUUUACAUAGUGGCGUUUACCAAGUCCCAAAUAAUGAAAUAUAUUGGGAUUCAUUUCCAAAGGUUAGCAUACAAUACGGUCAUACUGUGGCUUUAUAUACACAAUUUGCUUACAGAGGUCAUGAAUUUGCCAUAUGAAGCUAUAAGAUUAGAUGUCUAUACCAUUUUGUAUUCGUAUACAAAUAUUUGUAUUGUAUUUGGUUAAACACGUUCUGACUAAAUGGAAGGAAAACGCUGUCACACCGUUAAAUAUUCCAAUAGUCCUGUGUUCAUUGUUCUCUAAAUGGUUUCUUUGAGGGUGCUCCCCAAAACGAGUUUUGAAGGCAGUCUCAGUUUGUGAGUUUGUAUGUCUUAAAUAUGCAGUUUUUCUCCUUUGUGCGUGUGUGUGUGUGUGUGUGUGUGUGUGUGUGUGUGCUGGUACUGAAGUUGUAGUCCUGGUUUCCAUGUUAAGGUGCGUGUUUAACUGAAAACCCUUCGAGAAAACUUGAGAUGUCAUUGCCUGGGAUUAAGCUCCGGAGCAUCUAUGUGAUCCUUGCAUUAUUGGACUAAAUGUGUUUGCUGUGAGCGGCAACCCCUCUACCAAUGCGGCAAAGUUUUCCAGAAGAAUUUGAAGCCCUUUCUAUAAUCAGAGCUGAGACGAGGCGGAUCUCUGAGGGACAAACAGGGUACGAUUACUGUAGUAUAAAAGCAAGAAGAUUGAAUACUAAAAUUGUUAUUUUAUUGUAAAUUAUUGACUUCUGUAAUAAAUAGAUCAUUAGUAUAUCUGCAAAUAAUGAAAGAAU